CGGAAGUUGGUGUGGGGUGGACCGUUCUUAUAAUAUAGGGUGGACCGUUCUUAUAAUAUAGGGUGGACAGUUAUUAUAAUAUAGGGUGGACAUGGUAUUUUGCUAACUGACCCUUACAUGUAUAUUUUUAACUUCCGUUUAACCAACAAGUUAUUUUGGAGCAUCAUACCAAACCUAACUUUGCCAAUUUGCAGGUCCAUAUCAGGCCCUACUAGUGUCUUGUCAGGUAUUGUUAUGAUUUCUGGCAGCCCCCUCCUGAGCAAGAUGAGUGCGGACGGGGGAGGCAAGCCUGCCAAGGUGGGCUCGGUGGUGGAGGUGAUCGGUAAGGGCCAGCGUGGCACUGUGGCGUAUGUGGGCGCCACGCUCUUUGCCACAGGUAAGUGGGUGGGUGUGAUCCUGGAUGAGCCUAAGGGCAAGAAUGAUGGCACGGUCCAGGGGAAGAGAUACUUCCAGUGUGAUGAGAACUGCGGCAUCUUUGUGCGCCAGUCCCAGAUCCAGCUAGUGGAAGAUGGUGCCACCUCUCCAGACAUCCCAGAAUCUUCCACUGCCAAGUUCCUGUCCAAGCAGAAAGACAUCCCUGAGAUUCCAAAAUCAGUCAAACAGACGCCCGUUUCUAAGAAGUCCGUCACCCGUCGUAGCACCAAGUGGAACACUCCAGGUCGUCUCUCCUCCUCCAGCUCCCUCCCCUCCCUCCUCAUGGCUCCCCGGGCCAUCGGCUUGUCCAGCUCUCGGUCCAGGGAGGAUGUCAGCGAGGGCAGCCUGUCUUCCAAGGGUGCGCUGGGGGCUCCUGUCGUCCCCCAGCCCAGCGGCAUCCCCGCCACGUCCGGAGCUCCACCCCCCACCACCCCUAGCAAGGAGGAAGAGUCUCUGCGUGGCCAGGUGAAGGACCUAGAGGAGAAGCUGGAGACCCUGAAGAUGAAGCGGGCGGAGGACAAGGUCAAGCUGAAGGAGCUGGAGAAACACAAGAUUCAGCUGGAGCAGCUCCAGGAGUGGAAGACCAAGAUGCAGGAGCAGCAGACGGACCUGCAGAAACAACUCAAAGAGGCCAAGAAGGAUGCCCGGGAGGCAUUGGAGGCCAAGGACCGCUAUAUGGAGGAGAUGUCAGACACGGCGGACGCCAUCGAGAUGGCCACCCUGGACAAGGAGAUGGCCGAGGAGCGGUCCGAAAGCCUGCAGGUGGAGGUGGAGUCGCUGAAGGAGAAGGUGGAGGAACUCACCGUGGACCUGGAGAUCAUUAAACACGAGGUUGAGGAGAAAGGUUCUGACGGAGCUGCCUCUAGUUACCACGUAAAGCAGCUGGAGGAGCAGAACAGCAGGCUGAAAGAUGCUCUGGUCAGGAUGCGUGACCUGUCCUCGUCUGAGAAGCAGGAGCACGUGAAGCUGCAGAAGCAGAUGGACAAGAAGAAUGGAGAGCUGGAGACUCUGAGGACCCAGAAGCAGAAACUACAGGAGGAGAUGAAGCAGGCUGAGGCCACCAUUGAUGAGUUGAAGGAGCAGGUGGAUGCUGCUCUCGGGGCAGAGGAGAUGGUAGAGACUCUAACUGAGAGGAAUCUGGACCUGGAGGAGAAAGUCAGAGAGCUGAGAGAGACAGUCACUGACCUGGAAGCGAUCAACGAGAUGAAUGACGAGCUUCAGGAGAACAGCCGAGAGACAGAGAUGGAGCUGAGGGAGCAGUUGGACCUGAACGGGGCCAGGGUGAGAGAGGCCCAGAAGAGAGUGGAGGCUGCUCAGGAGACUGUAGCAGACUACCAGCAGACCAUCAACAAGUACCGCCAGCUCACUGCCAGCCUGCAGGAUGCCAACAAGGAACUGACCAGUGCUCAGAAUGCCAAUGCAGAGCAGGUCCAGCCUCCUCCACCAGCUGAGCUGUUUGACUUCAAGAUCAAGUUCGCUGAGACCAAGGCCUACGCCAAGGCCAUAGAGAUGGAGCUGAGGAAGAUGGAGGUGGGCCAGGCCAACAGACAGGUGUCUCUCCUGACAUCCUUCAUGCCCGACUCCUUCCUGCGUCACGGAGGAGACCACGACUGUAUCCUGGUGCUGCUGCUCAUACCAAGACUCAUCUGCAAGGCUGAGUUGAUCAGUAAGCAGGCCCAGGAGAAGUUUGAUCUGAACGGUAACCCCGUGGAGAGGACUGGGGUGAAGAUGAGAGGACCACCUGGAGAGCAGCUCAGCUUCGCCUCAGGACUGGUCUACUCUCUCACCCUGCUGCAGGCCACGCUGCACAAAUACCAACAAGCUCUGAACUGCUGCAGUGUGCAGGUGUAUACGCAAAUGGGGACUCUCUACUCAGAGAUGAGUGUCCAUGAGCGUUCCCUCGACUUCUUCAUUGACCUGCUGCACAAAGACCAGCUGGAUGAGACUGUACACGUGGAGCCUCUCACCAAGGCCAUCAAAUACUACCAGCAACUGUACAGCAUCCACCUAGCUGAGCAGACUGAAGACUGCACCGUGCAGCUGGCUGAUCACAUCAAGUUCAUCCAGAGUGCGUUGGACUGUAUCGGUGCUGAGGUGGUGCGUCUCAGGGCUUUCCUGCAGCCGGGACAGGAGGGGCUGGCUCUGAACAUCCUUCUGAAGGACCUGGACACCACGUGCAGCGACAUCAAACAGUUCUGUAAGAAGAUCAGACGCAGGAUGCCAGGGACCGAUGUACCAGGGGUGCCAGCCUCUCUGUCUUUUGGAGCUCCGGUGUCGGAGACGCUGACGGACUGCAGGCGUCAGCUGAGGCGGGUGGUUGCCGUGCUACAGGAGGUGGCUGCGGCGGGGGCACAGAUGGUCGCUCCUCUCGGGGAGCAGGAGGGGCUCAGCGCUCUAAAACUGGAUGAUGUGGCCUUCAAGGCUGUUGAACAGGUGUAUGGGUCCCAAGGUCUAAACCCCCAUGAGUGUCUGCGUCAGUCCUGCAGCGCUGUCAUCUCCACCAUGAACAAGAUGGCCACUGCCAUGCAGGAGGGAGAGUAUGAUGCUGAGAGACCACAGAGAAAGGCUCCCCCAGUAGAGGCUCGUGCAGCAGCACUCAGGGCAGAAAUCACUGAUGCAGAGGGCCUGGGAGUCAAACUGGAAGACAGAGACACUGUCAUCAAGGAGCUCAAGAAGUCACUUAAGAUCAAGGGAGAGGAGUUGAGUGAAGCCCAUGUCCGUCUCAGUCUCCUGGAGAAGAAGCUGGACACGUCGACUAAAGACGCAGACGAACGUGUGGAGAAGAUCCAGACCAAACUGGAUGAGACUCUGGCCCUGCUCAAGAAGAAAGAGAAGGAGUUUGAGGAGACCAUGGACGCCCUGCAGGCAGACAUCGACCAGCUGGAGGCAGAGAAGGCGGAGCUGAAGCAGCGUCUCUCCAGCCAAUCAAAGAGCACCAUCGAGGGCCUCAGGGCCCCGCCUGCCUCGGGCAUCGCCUCCAUUGUCACGGGAUCCGCCGGAGCCGCUCUUGCCCCGGGAGCAGGGGGUCUGUCUGGGCCCAUGCAGGUGGUGGACUCCCCUCUCCUCCGCCAGCAAGUGGAGGCUCAGAGACUGGGUAUCAAACACCUGAAGAACGAGAACAACAGACUCAAGGCAGAGAAGAUGAGAGCCCAGUUAGCCUCUCUCCCUCCCCUCCACGUCCCCAAGUUACACCUGAGAGAGGCCACCUCUUCUUCCUCUCCCCCUGCUGAGGGGCCUCUCCACGGGGCUCUCUACAGGAAGACGGAGCAGCUCCUAGGGACCCUGCUCAAGAUGACCGCCACAGUUAAAGUGGUCGACAUCACCGGGAAGACACCAGUGAGUGCUAGUGCUCAGCUCUUGGACCAGACUGCUCGGCUGCAGAGCCUGAGUGACGCCCUGGACAAGCUGAAGGGUGAAGUGGCAGAGCAUGUGGUUUCUCAGCAGCCUGGGGCAAAGGUCUCCUCUGACUUUGCCACCUUUCCCAUUUCCUCUUUCGUCAAGGCGAAGGAGGAAAAGCAGGGAGGCACGGUGUUUGUAGGCCGCGUGGCCAUCCCGUGUGCCAAGGGCCAGGAGCAGGUGCACCGUCUUGUCCUAUCACAGCAACACCUGCAGCAAGUGCACCGCCUCCUCAUAGCCUAAGACGACACCCCAUUGGCCUGCGUCCACAAGUGACAGCAGGCUUCACCAAUCGGAGACCAGCAGACACAAUAGUUUUGUUUUUUUCUUCAGUCUCUCACCUAAAGAUCCAGUCCAUUUCCUGUUGUUCCACAGAAUCUCUCAGGAUACGCUUUGUCACACUACACCCCCUAGAAAUAUAAUUUUAAUUGCCAUCAGAGGUUUUAUGCCCCUUCUAGGAUGUCUAUUUCUAUCAUUUAUUUCUAUGCCAAAGAGACACACGUGUUCUCAUUGAGUACCUAAUAAUAUUGUACAACAUAUUUUCUAUUGCACUUCAAGUCCUAAAUGAUAUUUUCCAUCUCCUUUUGUUCUGCUGUGGUGAUUUAUUAUUUGCCUACCUGCGUAUACCAGCAGCCCCUUAAUGUGUGGGUACCCUGUUUGGGGAUUUUGUUCAAUUGACUAUUGUUAUUCAGUCAUGACAGUCUAUUUCAAACCUAGGGUGUGUCUGAAAUUACUCCCUAUUCCCUAUAUCGUCAAUAAGAAGAGGGUGGAAUGAAGUCCCAUAGCCAGUUCACACACUUAACUUUUCUCACUGUUAACUUAUGUUCAUUUGGAGUUAAUAUCUAUUUGCAUGUCAUUAAGAUAGGAAGCUAAUUUAAAUGUUGUUUUUUAGUGUCAGUCUGCUACUAGGACCUUUAUAGAUUUAAGAGAGAGAGCAGUAAGUGAACUUGUUACUCAGAGUAUUUGAAUUGGUUCACUGUGUUGUCUCUCAUUUUCAGUUAGUCAUUACACUAUGAUGGUCUAUCCAUCAUAUGUACCUCUGUCAAGACCUUUCACAUUAGUCACUAUUCAUGGUAACUGAUGAAGAAUGCAUGCAAGUAUAUCUGGGUGGAAGUAAAGAUCUCAUUUAAAGGUUUUUGGCUCGUGGUUAAGGUUCUAUGCAGACGGUCUCUAAAGCCGUGAUACUUUAACUACAGGUUUCUGUCAGACCGGGUGUUCAGUGCAGAUUGCAGAACAUUUACCAAUGCAAAUGUUGUAGUAGUUCAGACCGCACAGUGGACGCAAACGACUAUACUGUACCUAACGACUAAUGUGUCCAAAACAGAACGAUUAAAGAUCUUUCAAAGUCA